GGAAGAUACUGCAGCUCUGAUUUUAGAAAGAGGCACAGUAUCAGCGAGAUGGCAUAUGAAUUAGAUGAACAAAAAAAGGUUGGGUUAGGUCUCAUUGGAUUUGGCAUCUUUUUCACAUUUCUUGCCAUAAUGUUGUUCUUCGACAGGGGUUUGCUUGCGCUGGCUAAUAUACUUCUGUUAGCAGGUGUAGCACUUCUGUUGGGCUUGCGUUCUACAUUACAGCUCUUCAAAGUAAACUACAAGGGCACAAUAUCAUUUAUGCUUGGGCUCUUUCUCAUAUUCGUUCGCUGGCCAGUUGUGGGUAUCAUUGUGGAAAUAUAUGGAUGCAUUAUUCUCUUCGGUUGUUUCUGGCCAUCCAUCAAGGUUUUUCUUUUCCAGAUUCCUGUAUUUGGAUGGAUUCUGCAGUAUCCUGCUCUGCUUCUUGACCGCUUUCGUAGCUGACUGGUUGAUUUGUCUACUCCAGUUAUCCUGUUUGAUUCCUCAUCAUCUUUUGAUGAGUUUGUUUUUGAAAAGGAGGAAGAAUAUACUGAGCUAGGAUGCAUCAAAGUUGUUUGUCAUGUAAUGCAGAUUGUUGUCACCUUGAUUUUCAAAUGUAUAUUAUAUGUAGAUUAGGAUUAUGAUAAUCAUUAUAAGUUCUUAACUAGCAAUUCUUGUUCUCAAGUUUUGAUAUACUCUCCCUUGUUUCCUCUACCAUUUCUAAGGAAAUUCUUUUUGACAUAA